GGAGGAGCCUGUGCCUGUCCUUGUACUUUCAGGCUCCAUGUAAUUAGCAUGAGGCUGUUAGUCACUAACUAGUGUUACCCUCGGGGGCUCGACCAUGAAAUCCCCCCCUUCAGCCUCCCCAUGGACCCGAGGGACUUUUAAGGCAGGGGCUGCGGCCGCUGCUUCCCCUUGAUCUUCCUGCUUCCUUCCCCUCUCCCCCCCCCCCCCGCCCCGGGUUCAUUAAUAAUAAUCAUUAUUAGUGUUACUAGCCGGUGUGACCCUGCGCCGGGCAUGUGGAGCCCCCCCAGCUGCAUCAUGCGAGCAACGUGCACUUUGCUGCUGCGCCAACUUAGCCUCCUGCUGCUGCUGCUGGAGCCCUCCGCGGGAUCGGGCCCCUUCGCCUCCUCCAGCGACCCCCCUGCUCGGACCCCGCUCAGCGGAGCCACCACGCCGGCCGCGGGGCCGCAGGGUUCUUCCAGCCGGGGCGUCUCGGCCGCUGCUUCCCGGCUGCCUCCCUGGGAGAGGGAGAGCUCCGUGCCCUGGGCGCCGCCAGUGUCCGGCAGCAGCGCGGAGCCGGCCGCGGGAGGACACACCAGCAGCCCGGUCAUUGGAAGCGGCUAUCAGACACUUAGAAGUUCAGAUAUUGAAAUGAGGACUUCUAGUUCUCCUACGGACAAUAUGGAGACACUGACUACAUUCUCCAUAAGUGGAGAGAGGACGUUGCUGUCUAUAACAAACAGUGCCAUGUCUACAACUGUAACAGAAAGCACCACCUCUUAUACAGAAAUGGUCAGAUCUUCAGAUUUAACCCAGCACUCCUCUUCAGUAGAGCAGAGCAGAAGAAAUAGCUCCUUAAGUGACAUAUAUAUCACUGAGCCUGGAACGGAGCCUUUGAUUGCACAUUCUUCUGAGAUACCAACCUAUUCAUCUUCACAAAGUGAUCCUCCAGCCAUUGGAAGCAGCCACAAGACAGCUAGCAUCUGGGAUAUGGAAAAAAAGACUCCUAAUUCUCAUACUGAUAGUUUGUACAUUUCACCUACAUUCAGCAGAGGUGGGGAGAGGACAAUACAGUUGCUAACAAACAGCAUCACUUCGACUAAUUCACUAAAAAGCGCCACUUCUCAUUCAGAAAUUGCCAUGUCUUCAAAUCUAUCCCACUCCUCAGCUUCUAUAUCACGGACUGGAGGAAGUAAUAGAUCAUCAACUAUCGCUGAUCUCCCUGAGUCUUCAACAGGGCCUUUACUUAUAUAUUCGCCUGUAAAGAGUGGUCUCCCAGCCAUUGAAGGUAGCCAUCAGCCAAUUAGCGGCUCAGAGAAAAAUAUUGCCAGUUCUCACAUUGCCAGUACAUACAUUUCAACUACGUCCACCAGAGCUGGAGAGGGGAUGUUACAAUCUCUAAUAAACAGCAGCAGAUCUUCUAAUGCAACAGGAAGCUCUACUUCUGGUACUGAAAUGUCCAGCUCUUCGUAUUUAACCGAGUUGUCAUCUAUAUCUUCUAUAGCACUGAUCAGUGAAAUUAAUAUCUCAUUGGCUGCCACAGAUUUCACAGAGCCUUCAACAGAUCCUUUGCUUACACCGUCUUAUUCUGCUUCAGAAACUGCUUCCAAAGCCAUUGGAAGUAGCCACCAACCAAUUAACAUCUCAGCUACAGAAAAAAGGACUUCUGAUUUGCAGACCACCAGUACAUACAUUUCAACAUCAUUCACCAGAGGUGGAGAGAGGAAUUUAAGGUCUCUAAUGAACAGCAGCACAUUACCUGAUGUAGCAGACAGCUCCACUUCUGACUUAGAAAAUACCAAGUCUUCAGAUUUACUGCAGCCCUCGUCUCCUGGAGCACAGGCUGGAGGAAGUAAUAUCUCAUCAAGUGGCUUCACUGAGCCUUCCACCGAGUCUUUUCUUACACAUUCUUCCAAGAUCCCAAGUUAUUCGUCUUCCCCAAAUGAUCUUGCAGCCAUAGUAAGUAGCAAGCAACCAAUUAGCAGCUCAGUUACAGAAAAAAGAACUUCUGUUUUACAUACCAGCACUCCAUAUACUUCAACAACAUUGAUCAAAGGUGGUGAGAGGACAUUAAGAUCCCUAACAAACGGCAGUGUAUCACCUGAUGCAGCAGAAAGCUCCACUUCUAAUUUAGGAAAUAUCAACUCUUCAGAUUUACCCCAGCCCUCAUCUGCUGUAGCCCAGGCUGGAGGAGGAAAUAACUCAUCUAGUGAUUUCACUAAGCCUUCCACGGAGCCUUUGCUUACACAUUCUUCCAAGAUCCCAAGUUAUUCGUCUUCCCCAAAUGAUCUUGCAGGUAUUGGAAGUAGCCACCAACCAAUUAGCAUCUCAGCUACAGAACCAAGGACUUCUGAUUUGCAUACUUCCAGUACCUAUAUUUCAGCAACAUCCCUCAGAGGUGAAAAGAGGACAUUAAGGUCUCUAACCUACAGUAGCACCUUGCCUGAUGUGGCAGACAGCUCCACUUCUUACUUAGAAAAUACCAAAUCUUCAGAUUUACCGCAGCUCUCGUCUGCUGUAGCCCAGGCUGGAGGAAAUAAUAUCUCAUCUAGUGAUUUCACUGAGCCUUCCACAGAGCCUUUGCUUACACAUUCUUCCAAGAUCCCAAGUUAUUCAUCUUCCCCAAAUGAUCUUGCAGGUAUUGGAAGUAGCCACCAACCAAUUAGCAUCUCAGCUACAGAACCAAGGACUUCUGAUUUGCAUACUUCCAGUACCUAUAUUUCAGCGACAUCCCUCAGAGGUGAAAAGAGGACAUUAAGGUCUCUAACCUACAGUAGCACCUUGCCUGAUGUGGCAGACAGCUCCACUUCUUACUUAGAAAAUACCAAAUCUUCAGAUUUACCGCAGCUCUCGUCUGCUGUAGCCCAGGCUGGAGGAAAUAAUAUCUCAUCUAGUGAUUUCACUGAGCCUUCCACAGAGCCUUUGCUUACACAUUCUUCCAAGAUCCCAAGUUAUUCAUCUUCCCCAAAUGAUCUUGCAGGUAUUGGAAGUAGCUACCAACCAAUUAGCAUCUCAGCUACAGAACCAAGGACUUCUGAUUUGCAUACUUCCAGUACCUAUAUUUCAGCGACAUCCAUCAGAGUUGAAAAGAGGACAUUAAGGUCUCUAACCUACAGUAGCACUUUGCCUGAUGUGGCAGACAGCUCCACUUCUUACUUAGAAAAUACCAAAUCUUCAGAUUUACCGCAGCUCUCAUCUGCUGUAGCCCAGGCUGGAGGAAGUAAUAUCUCAUCAAGUGACUUCACUGAGCCUUCCACAGAGUCUUUGCUUACACAUUCUUCCAAGAUCCCAAGUUAUUCGUCUUCCCCAAAUGAUCUUCCAGGUAUUGGAAGUAGCCACCAACCAAUUAGCAUCUCAGCUACAGAGACAAGGACUUCUGAUUUGCAUACUUCCAGUACCUAUAUUUCAACGACAUCCCUCAGAGGUGAAAAGAGGACAUUAAGAUCUCUAACCUACAGCAGCACCUUGCCUGAUGUGGCAGACAGCUUCACUUCUUACUUAGAAAAUACCAAGUCUUCGGAUUUACCACAGCCCUCGUCUGCUUUAGCCCAGGCUGGAGGAAGUAAUAUCUCAUCAAGUGACUUCACUGAGCCUUCAACGGAGCCUUUGCUUACACAUUCUUCCAAGAUCCCAAGUUAUUCAUCUUCAACAAAUGAUCUUACAGCUGUGGAAAGUAGCCACCAACCAAUUAGCAUCUCAGCUAUAGAGAAAAGGACUUCUGAUUUGCAUACCACCAGUACUUACAUUUCAACAACAUUCACCAGAGGUGGAGAGAAGACAUUCAGUUCCCUAACAAACAGCAGCACAUCAUCUGAUGCAGCAGAAAGCUCUACUUCUAACUUAGAAAAUACUGAGUCUUCAUAUUUACCUCAGCCCUCAUCUUCUGUAGCAGAGACUGGAGGAAGUAAUAUCUCAUCAAGUGACUUCACUGAGCCUUCGACAGAGCCUUUGCUUACACAUUCUUCCAAGAUCCCAACUCAUUCGUCGUCAUCAAAUGAUUUUGCUGGAGUUGGAAGUAGCCAUCAAUCAGUUACAAUUUCAGAUAGAGAAAAAGGGAUUUCCAGUUCUCCUACUCAUAGUACGUACGUGUCAACAACAUUUACCAGAGGUGGGGAGAGGACAUCCCAAUCUCAAACUCACAGCAGCACAUCGACUGCGGCAACAGAAAUCUCCACUCAUAAUAUAGAUGCAGCCAAGUCUUCAGAUUCAACCCAGUUCUUAUCUUCUGUAUCACAGGCUGGAGGUUUCAAUAUCUCAUCAAGUGAUGCCAGUUUCAUGGAGCCUUCCACCAAUCCUUUGCUUACACAUUCUUCCAAGAGCUCAACGUUGUCUUUACCAAAUGAUACACCCACCGUUGGAAGUAACCAUCAGUCUCUUAGCAGCUCAAAAACAGAAAAAAAGAUUUCCAGUCCUUAUACUGACAGUAUGUACAGUUCAGCUACGUUAACCGGAGGUGGAGAGAGGACGUCACAAUCUCUGACAAAUAGCACAUCUGCCCAUACAACAGAAAGCUCCACUUCAUAUACAGAAAUCGCCAAUUCCUCAGAAUUAAUUCAGUCACCUUCAAAUGCACAGACUAGAGGGACGAGUAUCUCAGCAAAUGAUAUGGGUUUCACCGGGUCUUCAACUGAGACUUUCUUUAUUCGUUCUUCCAAGAUACCAACUUACUCUUCUUUCCAAAAUGAUCCUUCAAGCAUUGCAAGUAGCCAUCAACCAGUUAGCAGCAUCGACACUGAAAAAAGGACCUCUGUUUCUCGCACUGACAGCAUGUACAUUCCAACCACAUUCAGUAGAGGCGGAGACAGGACAUUACUGUCUAUAUCAAAUAACAGCACCUCUGCCGAAUCAUCAGAAAGUUCCACUUUUUAUGCAGAAAUUUCCAACUCUUCAGAUUUAGCACAAUCCUCAUCUUUUAUGGCUCAGAGCAGAGGAAGUAACAUGUCAUCAAGUGAUGGGGAUUUAAUUGCUCCUUCUACGGAGCCUUUGCUUGUACAUUCUUCCAAAAUGCCAACUUACUCUUCUACAGUCAAUCUACAAAAUGCAACUCUGUUUUUCACUGGCACUGAAUCGUCGUUAACUGGCAGCUCAUCAUUAUCUUCAUCAGUAUUUCCAUCCUCUUCCUCGGUGUCAUCGUUAUAUCGCUUGCUUUCAUCAACACCAUCGCCACCUCAUUCAUUUGCAUCAUCAGAGUCAUCUCUACCAUCCUCUUCAUCAGUGAUACCAUCAUUGUCACUCCCACCACCAUCUUUGUCGUCAUCUUUAUCCACCUCCUCGUCAGUUGUAUCAUUUCCUUUAUCACCAUCCUUAUUACCUUCAUUUUCUUCAUCAUCUUCACCAUCACAGGCUGGUGACAGUUUUCAAACCAGUGGGUCCAUGGUUACAUCAGGAGGGACAGACAGAAUGGAGCCAUCGACUGCUGUGUUCUAUGGGAGUACACCCAGACAGUACAGCAAUCACAGCGGACCACACCAGUUGAAAGAGAGCACUACUUUCAAAACCAAAGGACCACUUCCUCUUCAGACUGAACCUAUGGAGCAGCUCAGCAGUAGCUCUUCAUCCACAUCAGCUUCCACACUUGCAACAGCAAGUUCCACAGGAAGAACCUUCACUUCCAGUAGGGACCAUUUUGAAAAGACAACUUUGCUUCUGACAACAGCUGCUCCAAGUCUGAGCAAGGAUACACAGCACACUGAGAUGACAAAAGCAUCGACCAGUAUCUUGCCAAAUAUGACAAGUCAAAGGGAUGUGUUCCCUGCAGCAGAAUUAACAACAGGAAAAACUGUUACACUGUCAACAGACAUGACUUUUGGGCCACCACGUUCUGUGCCAACUACAGAUCAUUCUCUUACUACGAAAACUCGCAGAGUUAAAACUGCUGUUGCCACGACACUGGCCUACAUAACUGGAGUAACUACAAAAACAAUGGAAACUAGCACUGCAACUAGCAUUAAAAUCACUGAAGAAAAUAUCCCAACUACACAUCCUUCCAAAACAUCUUCCCCUAGCAAAACCACUGCAGGGUUUUCCACCACUUUGGCAGCAGCUACCAAACCAACUACUAUUGCUCUGUUAAGUCACACACGGGCAUUAGUAACUUCUUCUCAUAAAACAGUCAAUAUCUGCUCCACAAACCCUUGUUUGCAUGAUGGAAAAUGCGUUAUUAAUGGUGUUAUGGGCAAAUAUCAGUGCAAGUGUUCACCAGCCUGGCAAGGAGAAGACUGCAGGGAAGAUGUGGAUGAAUGUCUUUCUAAUCCAUGCCCAGCUCUGGCCACAUGUAAUAAUACUCACGGCUCCUAUGUCUGCAAAUGUCCUCUUGGAUACCAGCUAGAAAAAGGAAAAUGCAAUUUAGUAAGAACAUUUAUUGGUCAAGUUGCACUGAAACUGAACACUACUCAUGGGAAGUAUUCUGAACUCCAGCGAAUUGAAGAUGAAAUAAUAACAAUGCUGAACAUGUCUCUCUCAACGUUACCUGGCUAUUACAACUCAGUAGUUAAAGCUGCAAGGGAGUCCAAUUCUGUCCGAGUUUCAGUCCAAACCACCUUUUCUUUAGCAUCCAACGUGACGCUCUUUGACAUUGUUAGCAGUGUACAAAGCUACAUUAGUGCUUGCAAAACUCCUGCUGAAACCUGCCAGUUCAUCUCCAACCUUACGCUGCUCCACAGAGUUGGUGGAUUGUGUAAACAGAAGGACCCUGAAUGUGACAGAGAGACUUCGGAAUGCACCGACUUGGAUGGCAUUGCAGUCUGCCAGUGCAAGAGUGGAUACUUUAAAUACAACAAGAUGGAUCAUUCCUGCAGAGCUUGCGAAGAUGGAUAUAGACUUGAAAAUGAGACCUGUGUGAGGUGCCCGUUCGGCUUAGGGGGAUUGAACUGUAGAAACCCGUAUCAGCUAAUCACCGUGGUGAUUGCAGCUGCAGGAGGGGGACUUCUGCUUAUCCUGGGGAUAGCACUGAUCAUCACUUGCUGCCGGAAGAAUAAGAAUGACAUAAGUAAACUCAUCUUCAAGAGUGGGGAUUUCCAAAUGUCGCCAUAUGCCGAAUACCCCAAGAAUCCUCGAGCACAGGAGUGGGGCAGAGAGACCAUAGAAAUGCAAGAAAAUGGAAGCACUAAAAACCUGCUGCAGAUGACGGAUGUAUAUUAUUCGGUAUCUAUUCCUGGGUUCCAUCUAUACUGUCUCUUUUGUCUGAUGGUCCAGAGAUAUUAUAUCCUUUGCUACCUGAGAUGUGGACGCAUGGCAUGCGACUGGCCUAAGAAACGCUGAACUGGAAAGAAAUGGACUUUAUCCUCCUUACACUGGUUUACCUGGAUCCCGACAUUCAUGCAUCUACCCUGGACAAUAUAACCCAUCCUUUAUUAGUGACGAAACCAGACGAAGAGACUAUUUUUAACAUAAUUGUAUGGGAGUGGAAGAUCAACAUAGAUACGUGUCCUUGUUUACCAGGUACACUCUGUCACAUGACAGUUUAGCCGAUAUCAGUCUUAAUCUUCACAUACAGGAAAGACUUUGAACUCAAAAGAACACAGAGCAUUGCUGCCUUGAAAACCCAUUUGUAGUUGUUGAAUAGCGAAGAUGGAGGGGAAGAAUGAGCCAAUAUGCAGAUCUGUAAAAGACCCAGGUGGAAGUUUAUGGAAGUUUAACAUGCGUGCUCCACUUUUAUCUUCGUCAUUGACAUCACAUAACAUGAAUUUGUUAAUAGAUCAGUACAGACAGACUAAUGGUUGCCCUCACUCUAAAAUUGAUACCACUAGGGAGUGUUUUGUUUACAGAUAUUGUAAAAUUACAGAUAUUGGUCUGACUAUUGUGUGUUUCCUCUUGGUCAACUUUUAUGCAAAGAUACACUGUGUGCUCUUUUUGGGUAGGAAGUGUAUGUUCAUUUCAGACCCUUCUCUGCCUUUCCCUGGUUUGAUCUGCUUCCUAUGCAACAAGGGAGCUGGGGUGCCCACUAAAUAUUAUAUUUCUUUAUUGGUGUGUCAUUCUGUCAAAUGUCUCAGCACUGAACUAAGCACUGCAUCUGGCAAUGAUGGCUGAAUUCAUAGGUUGACAUUUUCAAAGGAGUAUGGGGGAUUUAGCCACGCCAUC